GUGACAAUUCAAAUCGCCUUCCUUAUGGACGUGAUCUUCUCUUCUUCUCAAGCUUUGUUGAAUGCUCAUAGUGGCAUUACUAGCCAUGUUGGAUUCAUUUGGCAACAAACUAGAACUCCUUUGGUUGUACAAUUUCUAAGAAUAAUUUUAUAUGUUUGCUUGGCCUUAUCAUUUAUGUUAUUUGUGGAGAGACUUUACAUGGGAAUUGUCAUAGCUUUUGUAAAGUUGUUUAGAAGAAAACCAGAGAAGAAGUACAAGUGGGAGCCACUUAAGGGUGAUUUGGAAUUGGGAAAUUAUUCAUAUCCUAUGGUUUUAGUGCAAAUACCAAUGUGCAAUGAAAAAGAGGUGUAUCAAUUGUCUAUUGGAGCAGCUUGUAACCUUUCAUGGCCAGCCAAUAGAAUUUUCAUCCAAGUUCUUGAUGAUUCUACUGACCCUACAAUUAAGGCUUUGGUGGAGCAAGAGUGCAGGAGAUGGGCAAGCAAAGGAGUUAACAUAAAGUAUGAGAUAAGAGAUAACAGGAAAGGGUACAAAGCUGGGGCUCUUAGAGAAGGAAUGAAGCAUAGUUAUGUGAAGCUUUGUAGUCAUGUGGCCAUCUUUGAUGCUGAUUUUCAACCCGAGCCCGAUUUCUUGGAGCGUAGCAUCCCGUUUCUUGUGCACAAUCCUGAAAUCGGACUCGUUCAAGGUCGUUGGGAAUUUGUGAAUGCUGAUGAGUGUUUGAUGACAAAAAUGCAAGAAAUGUCAUUUGGUUACCAUUUCACAGUGGAGCAAGAAGUUGGAUCUACAGCUCAUGCUUUUUUUGGUUUCAAUGGCACUGCUGGGGUUUGGAGAAUGUCAGCUCUUAAUGAGGCAGGGGGAUGGAAAGACAGAACAACUGUGGAAGACAUGGAUCUAGCAGUACGAGCCGGUUUGAAUGGCUGGAAAUUCGUGUAUUUUGAUGAUCUUAAGGUGAAAAGUGAAUUGCCAAGCACGUUCAGGGCCUAUCGCAAUCAGCAACACAGAUGGUCUUGUGGACCUGCUAAUCUUUUCAGAAAAAUGGCAAUGGAAAUUGCAACUAACAAGAAAGUUUCUGUAUGGAAGAAAUUUUACCUGAUUUACAGCUUCUUCUUUGUACGAAAGAUCAUAGCACACGUCGUGACAUUCAUCUUAUAUUGCGUUGUUAUUCCUGCAACGAUUUUCAUCCCUGAAGUCCAAGUACCUCGAUGGGGAACUAUAUACAUUCCUACAGCUAUCACUCUUCUCAAUAUACUUGGCUCCGCAAGAUCAAUGCAAUUGGUGGUUUAUUGGAUCCUAUUUGAGAAUGUAAUGUCCCUUCAUCGGACAAAAGCAACGUUCAUUGGCCUUUUCGAAUCAGAGAGAGUCAAUGAAUGGAUCGUGACAGAGAAACUCGGAGAUGCUCUUAAGACCAAAAACGGCUCAAAAGCACUGAAGAAACUUCAGUUUCGAGUUGGAGAAAGGUUACAUGUUCUUGAGCUUUUCGUUGGGUUGUACCUGCUGUUUUGUGGGUGGUACGACUAUUCGUUUGGAAGGAACAGGUUCUACGUAUACCUCUUACUCCAAGCUAUGGCGUUUUUCGUUGUUGGAUUUGGUUAUGUUGGUGUGUUUGUUCCAAAUUCUUGAUUCAAAUUCAGGACUUGUUUUGUUGGUGAAACUUUGGUUUUAAGUUACUAGUUUGUAAAAUUAUGAAUAGUAGCUUGAUAUUCUUUUAU